AUGGUUGGUGACCCGGACACGGGAGUCUCAAGAACCCCUGAAGUAAUGGAGAGCUCAAAGUCAACGAUCCACGAUGAUGUCUACUACAUAGACGAUGGCGAUUGUGUCAUUCAAGUAGGAGAUACUCUCUUCAAAGUUCACCGAUGGGUCCUCUCGCGUGAUACUUCUGCUUUCAGCGACAUGUUCGUGGUAUCGGGUGGAGGAGAUAAAACUCAUUCCGACGGCGAACUUGAAGGAUCGAGCGAUACUACCCCUAUCUUCCUUCAGGGAGACAGUGUCGAGCAGUUCAGAUCGUUGCUUUGGGUUCUACCAAAUGCCAUUUUGACUAGAAGUUCUUUCAUCACUACGGAUAACGUUGAAUUUUUAGCACAGGUGGCAGAAAUCGCACACAAAUAUCAAUUCUCACACAUCGAAGAACGGGCAUGUGUUGUCCUCUGUGAGGUGCCCAGCAACAAGGCGUUUUGGCAUUCCGGAGUGGAUUCCGCUUCACGAUUGCUAGAUAUCUCCUAUAUCUGCCAGGACGAUUGUCUCCGCAGCAAGCUGCUCGAAGCGUGGAUUCCACGUCUCCUCUCCCGUAGUAUUCCCGCUAUACCUGCAUUAUUGAUCGCCGACAAAUACGAACUGCAAUCACUCCAAGGCGCAGCAUACUACUCCUACAUACUACGAAUGGACGAGAUGAAUAGUAAUGGUAGACUAUCACCCGAGAGUCUGUUGAACCAAAUCCAGUAUAAUGGUCUCUUGCGUGGUUAUUGGUGGCUUUCUCAUACAAGUCCUCUUGAGAAUAUCCCGACGUAUGAGCGCUCGUCUAAAUGUCUUGGCUCCGUCUAUUGUUCUCAAUCAUGGAGAUCACUUUGGGGGAAAUCAUGCGCAAACUUGGAUGUAUCUCCUGGUAUUCAUCGUCUUGAUGUUCUUGGUAAGAUGCGCUGCGCCACGGAUGCAGCUUAUAAACAAGUUUCACCCUCCCAUGAAGACUAUGUCAAAGGUGACUACGCCCAAGGUUUGUUCGGAUGUUUUGUUAAUAUCAGGGCAGGUAUUUAA